AUGGAGGAAAACAGAGGGCCGUUGCUGCUCUCCCUCGUCUCUUUCCUGGACUCUCUCGGCCUGCGCAAGGCUGCGAAAGUCCUGCGCAAAGACGGCACUGCUCAGGGCUUGCUAACUGGCGAAGAAGAACUUUUUCCCGGAUCGACGUUGCCGCAGGUUGUCGCGCGCGGUCUCCGAGAGAAGAAGAAGAGACACCGCGAGGCCGAAGAGGAGGUUGAGGCAGUCGCAGAUCCACAGCCGUGUGCCGAAGAGCUUGGAGGGAAGAAGCAGAAAAAGGCAAAACUCGCGGAAGAAGACGGGGCUGUCGCCGGUGCGCCGGAAGAACCUUCGAGCGGCGCGCGCGAAAAAAAACAGAAAGAAAAGAAAUCCGAAGGAAAGAAGAAGAGAGAAAGGCAGCAAGCAGAGAGUGCGGUCGGCGCUGCGGAGGGCGAGGCAGGAGAGGAGGACUUGGCCGCAGAGAACGGAGACGCCGAGGAGCGGUCCAGGAACGGCGAGAGAGGCCACAAGAACAAGCAGUCGUCCGUGCUGCAAAGAUUCAAGCGCGUGGACGAGAGCAAGUGGGUAGCGAAGAUCGCCAAGGAAGAUUUGAAAGACAAUUCCUUCUGGAACAAAAAGGCCGACUCGUUCGCAGUCAAGGCCGCGCAGGAUUUGGGGAAAGUACGCGGCAGAGAUUUCCGGCACGAGAAGACCAAGAAGAAGCGCGCCAGCUGGAAGGGCUGUGGAGAGAUCCCGAUGACGGUGAAUUCGAUUCAGUUCGAUUCCAGCGACGACGAGUAA